AGUUGUCACCAUUGAAUUGUCAUAGGAAAAGUCAAUUUACCUGAUUUCAAUUUGUCAAAAUAUGAAAAAGUAGAUUAUCUUGGUUAGAAAUGAAGUAGAUGACGUUAGAUGUUCAACAUUAAAUGCCGCAUUUACAGAUAUUAUCAAUAAAAAGUCGGUAAAACAGAAUAUUUUUAUUUGUACUCAUUAAUUUUAUGGUGAUGUUGAAUUUUAUAACACUGAAUAUGUUCAACAUUAGGGUUACAUUAUUUUUUUUAAUUACAAUUGUCUAUAUUAUUGAUCAAACUGAUAGUGGUGCUGUACAAUUAAAUCAACAAAAUUUAGAUAUGACUUUGGCUUCCAAUGAAUUAGUAUUUAUAAAUUUUUAUGCCGAUUGGUGUAGAUUUAGCAAUCUCCUCAUGCCAAUUUUUGAUGAAUCGGCAGAUGCAAUUGCUAAGGAAUUUCCAGAAGCCGGAAAGGUUGUAUUAGGCAAAGUUGAUUGUGAUAAAGAAAGUUCUAUCUCAUCUCGAUUUCACAUUACAAAAUAUCCGACGCUAAAGGUUAUUCGCAAUGGACAACCCGCUAAAAGAGAGUACAGGGGGCAGAGGUCCGUUGAAGCUUUCACUAAAUUUAUUAAGGAUCAAUUGGAAGAUCCCGUUAAGGAAUUCAAAGAGUUAAGGGAAUUGGGAGCUUUAGAAUCUGAUAAAAGAAUAAUCAUCGGUUAUUUCGACCGUCGUGACCAACCAGAAUAUAGCAUUUUCCGACGCGUAGCCACUAACCUAAAAGAUGAUUGUCAAUUUCAUGUGGGUUUCGAGGAAGCUUCUAGGGAAAUGCACCCAGCAGGUCAACCAAUAAUUGUAUUUAGACCUAAUAAAUUACGUUCAAAUGACCUGGAUGAGACGUACCCAGGUGGACUGAAUAAUUUUGAUGAAUUACACAUUUGGGCGUCGGAAAAAUGUGUACCACUGGUUAGAGAAAUAACAUUUGAAAAUGCCGAAGAACUAACUGAAGAAGGUUUACCGUUUUUAAUUCUUUUCCAUCAUACAGAUGACAAGGAUAGUAUUAAGAAAUUUAACGAAAUUGUUCAGAAUGAGCUGCUCUCAGAAAAACAAUCUAUCAACUUCCUUACAGCCGAUGGUAAAAAAUUUGCACACCCCCUACAUCACCUUGGUAAAAGUGAAAAGGAUCUACCUCUAAUUGCUAUUGAUAGUUUUAGACAUAUGUACCUGUUUCCUAAUUAUAAAGACAUAGAGAUUCCUGGAAAACUAAAGCAAUUUCUCAAAGAUCUUUACUCGGGAAAACUACACAGGGAGUUUCAUUAUGGUCCCGACUCUGAUACAAAUACUGAACAAGACAUCACUACUCCUCCUGUUAGUACUUUCAAAAAAUUAGCUCCUUCCAAAAAUAGGUAUACUUUACUUGAUAAGGAUGAACUGUAGAAAAUGUAUCAAUAUAUAAAUUAAUGUUUUUUUUUUGAUUUGGCAAUACAACAAUCAAUGUUUCAAGUGGGUACAUUUUUUUUUAAUUAACAACUUUAUAAGUACAAAGCCUUUUAAUUAUAUAGACCAAUACAAAAUACUGUUUUUUAUGGCCAAAAACAUGUGUUUUUUUGAAUUCUACAAGUUAAAAUAGAAUGUUUGUGGACAUUUAGAGCUACUAAGAUAAUAAUUUCACUAUAAUAAAAAUAGUUUUGUAUGAUAUAUAACACUUAAAUUGAGAUAAACUAUUAUUUGCCCCUUGCAAAUAAUUUAAAUAUUCAUUUCAACAAAUUUUAUGUUACAUAAAAUAUUUGGAUGCUGUUUAAAUUAUUACAAAACAUAUAUAGGCUCUAGCAAAAUGUGGAACUCCGAAUUUGUGGCUCAAUAAUGAUUUUUACGAAAAAUUGUGAAAAAUUUGUUGUAUAUUUUUUAUAUCAUGUAAUGGUGCUUAGAGAUUUUCUGUUCGUGCCACAUUUUUUGAAAUAUGAAAUUUUAAAUGCAUCAAAUUUUAAAUGUUUUGAGUAGAUAUAUUUCUAAAUUUACUGAUACCAGGUUUAGGGGGUCUCUGAUUUAUGGUUUACAGCUUAAAAAUUAAUUUAAUUGUAGGGUUGAACAUUUAUUUAUUUCAUAAUAUUUUAUACCGCGGCUUUUAUUCGAUCUUCUAAUUCUUGGAGAGUUUGAAGCAAGUCCGUAUAAACUAUAAAUAUCAAAUAUUCCAAAGAAAAAAUCCAUUGGAGAUAAAUUCGUUGCAAAAUGAAAUAAAACAUCAUCGUGCUGAAACCAAAUCUAUUUUGAUAACUGUAAAUGAUUUUUUGAGACGUUGAGGUUUUGUGGGUAUUUUGUAUGGCCUUGUUCCAUCCACUAGAAAAUAUUCGAACUAUAUUCAUGUUCAUGCAAAAUGCUGCUUUAUCGGAAAACACAAAGAGAAAAUUUACAAACAUCAUUUAAUGAUACACGAUAGUAUACAAAAUAUACAAAAAAUUCCAUUAGAUACAAUUUUUCAUAUUUAAUUCACAAAUUCUAUGUUCCGUCCAUUUUGCCUGACCCUGUAUAAAAAAUACAAAUUAAUUGAGUAUUAUUCUAAUUGUCAUAUUUAUUUAUAUCUCUAUUGCAUAUUGCAUUUUCACAAAACAAAAAAAAUUAAUUGUAUAUUAAGUAUGUACAUACUUUUCAAUUAUCUACUAAAAGUGUAAUUUUAGACCAGGGUCAAUUUAUAGCAGUAAAUAGUCAAUUAUUUUUUUUCUUGAAAGUCGAUAAUUCUUAAUAAUCUUCAUAUGAAAGCUGUAAUUUGAGAAUUCGAUUCAAGGUUUGUUGAAUUGUUUAAUAAGAAAAUGUUUGUUUUAAUAUUUGCUUUUUACAACAUAAAUAAUUAAGGAGAGUUGUGCAGUCUAACAUUGCUUUUUAGAGACUCAAAUAUGCUCAACUCGUAACAUAAAUAUGAAUAUAAAGUAGUAUAUCGACGGUGGCACCUUAAUAUGUAGUGAAAUAAUGACAGGCAUCAACCAGAUGAAAAUGAAAUAUUUGCAUUUGAUGUUAUAUAAAAUCUAGCGACAACUUUUAUUCUAGUAAUUUUGUUUUAAUUAUAUGCAUCAUGUCAUGGGCCUAUAGUUAACAAGAAUAUUAGUAAAAUUACUUCAUAAAUAAACCUUUGUUUGAAAAAGGGGCUUGUUACAUUAUUCAAUUUCAAUAUGUAGUGUAGAGGUAAGGAAAACCGUCUUAAAUGGGGGAAAGCUAAAAAAGUGUGCAUCUGUAAACAGCAAAUUAUUGUUUGAAGACUCACCAAAAUAACGUUAGUGUAGCAAAUGGAAAUGAUAUGAAUUUAGCAGUUAUAAGCAGAGUGAAGUGUGCUAGGUUAAAAAAUUUUAUAUUUUACUGAUCUUUUGUAGUUGAGAAAUAUGCAGUAUGCAAAAUCUCAACUACUUAAGUGGCCAAAAAUAAUUUGGUAAUUAUAACCUGUAAACUUAUUGAAAAAAAUGGAUAGUGAUUUGAAGUUAACACGCUUUUUUUUAUAUAAAUCUUGCAUUUCUAUCAAACACUCAUGUCUACGUCCGAAUAUUAUAAUAACUGAAUAAAAAAGUGUUGGUGUAGAUGUUAUUGUUUAUUAUCAUCAUAUAUUAUAUAUUUCAUGUACAGUUUUCGAAUGGAUUUAUAUAUUAAUAGUUUUGUUAAAAUAGUUAUGACUUUCAAAUAGGAAUUUAAUUUACUACCCUACUCAAAUAAUUUCUGGAUUGUUUUUUUAAUAAGUUUUUUCAAUAAAUAAUGACAAUUUAUGAUAA